ACUAGUCAGUACACGUAACAGGUAGAGCCGUAAAAUCAUAUGGAAUCAAAUCAAAUAUACUUUGGAUACAUUUCUAACGGUGUAGACUAAAAAGAAAUACCACUACAACCAGAACGUUGGUGGAGCGCUGCAGAGAUGUCUCUCUCCAACAGCACUCUGGAGAAGCGCACUGGGAAUGGACAAGCAAAAUAUUUUGUGCCCCUGCCUUAGACAAAGUGGACACUACUUAUCAAAGUGCGGCAUCAGCGCUCACCGAAAAAGCCCAUAUGCAACUGGAUUUUCAAGAUAGUUUUGCUGGCUGUACUGGAAAAAAUUGCAUUGCUUCAUCACUUUAUAAAAUAACACCAUUGGAUUUCACACCAUUGUGUUUCUCACAUACUUCAUGCUCCAUUUGAAAACGCACCUAAAGGUGAGGAUGAUUAUGUGAAUGGGUGUGGCUUAGGUGUCAUAAAAAGCUUUAUGAAUCUAAAGACUGAAUAGUGAAACUUCACUCAAGGGCCAGUGACAUCAUUUGACGACAUGUGUUUUGUAUUGACACUCAAUGUGUGGUGGGGGUGGCUGGUGUGUUGUGUUCCUUUUCUGUUCUGGAGGGGGGAUUUUAAAUCAUUGCAAACAUCUUGGGGCAUUGCAGUGAUUCCAGGACGUUUAUUUCAGGUGUUCGUUCUUUGGACCUAUGUGUAAGUAAAUAUUUUCCACCCUGAAAUUACAAACAAAGUAUCUAUUAUUAUAGAAUAGAUAGGAGUGUGCCUUAAUUAAGAAAUAGGCUACAUUGUUGUGCUUGGUAGAUUGUAGUUAUAGACUAUGUCUUUGUUUCACCCUCCCACCAUCACAUGAAAACAUGGUAAAACGGGCAACUACAGUGUUCUGUACUAUUAAUCUUGGCAUACCUGCUUGUCUUCACUGCUUGGAAAUAUCUGUCAAACACAGAAAUAUCCCCCCCCCCCCCCAGUCAUUCUAACCCAACUGUAUUGCAGCCCUCCCGGGCUUGAGGCGUAAACUGUGUGACAUACCUGCUCUGCCAACAGUUGAGCACUCCCUUGCAUGCACCAGCUCGUUUCUGCGUUUUUAAGUAACAACAAGGAACCAGUAUGUCAGUUUCAAGGGGUGCUUUCACAAAAGGUGUGGAGUAGUACUCACCUAGUCUGCCCAACUUUUUGAGUUUCCCUGGAUAUUAUCAGACUCUUUCAGCAGGUAAGGAGCUGAGGGAAAGCUCACUUUUUAAACAAUCUAAUGGACUUUUCUUUUGAGUCCUUUCAACAGUAUUUCUGUGUUUUUUGAACUUUGAAAGAAAGAAACCCUCAGUGUUUUGCGUUGCAUAUCAGAUGUGGUCCUUGGUUUUUCUUGUGAGUGUGACCUUUCUGGGUUAAACUGUACAGGCCCUAUUUUAGUCUAAUGGGGCCCUGUGUUUGUCCUAGUCAGAUCUUAUGGUUUGGAAAAACUCAGUGCUCUUGUCAUAGCAGCAGAAGGAGCUAGAUAAUUAAAACUAGUGAAUUACAGGGAACUCAGUGUUCUAUUAGAUUAUCAUUGUGAUCUGCAUGCAUGCCCCAACCUGAGCAUAUUCCCAGCUGCUUGUAUCCUGUUAAUCAAAAUGGAGCAGCACACACCCAGGUCCUUAUCAGUGGGGAUGGACAGACAGGAAGGGAGAGUAAGGGAGGUUGGGAUUUCUUCAUAUGAAUUUCAUACAGGCAGUUGUUUCUCCCUUUCAGUUAGUUUGAUCAUAAAAUCAGCAUUAUCUAUUUUAUUUUCUUCAGAGGGCAUGAAGUAUUCUAUGUUGUCUCACUCACUCAUGUAUUAUGUUCUCCCUAGAUGAGAGCUUCUGGACCAACAUAAAGAUCCCCUGCAUCGGGAAGGCUGAGCUGGCAGUACCUUACUGGGACAGCAUGGAAGCUAUACUGAGCUACAGAAGAGAUAGCAGCAGCGACAAACAUUUAUGUUGGAGGCUGACACCAACAUAGCCAUUGAACAUCGGAAUACUAAGACUGGAGUCUCUCUAGAGACUGCUGUCCUUGAUUGACAGUGUGUUAUGGUGUGAGCAGGACUAAGCAGCGCUCCCACACAUCCCCUCCCACCUGGGCACCAAGCCAUGUCUCCUCUCUCUGCCCUGGGUGUUUUCAGUGGAUUGUUCCUUCCUAUGUGUCUCGGUGAAUACAACACUCACAGUUGUAUCCCACGGAAGAGUGUCCUCUACCAGGACAAUCUGAAACUGUUCCGAGAGGAAGGGAUUUGGAACUACUCCACUAUGUUGGUUCGAGAGGAUCUGGGCCUGCUGCUGCUCGGGGCUCGAGAGGCUGUCUAUGCCCUGGACAUCAAUGAUAUCUCCAUCAAGAAGUCUGGGGUGUAUUGGCGGGUCACUGAGGAGAAACAGAGGGAGUGCACAUACAAAGGGAAACACGCCGAAAUCGAAUGCCGUAACUACAUCCGGACCCUGCAUAAAGUGGAUGACAGCACAAUGUAUGUGUGCGGGACAAAUGCUUUCAGCCCCACCUGUGAUUACAUGACGUACUCUGAAGGACAGCUGAGACUAGAAGAAGCGCAGGAGGAGGGAAAAGGGAAAUGCCCCUUUGAUCCCUUCCAGAAAUACUCCUCCAUCAUGGUCGGGAAUGACCUCUACUCUGCUACCUCCAUCAACUUCCUGGGCUCUGAGCCUGUGGUUCUCCGCAGCUCCUCCUCUGCGCUUCGCACUGAGUUCAAGAGCUCCUGGCUCAACGAGCCCAACUUUGUAUACAUGGACCUUGUCCCCGAGAGCAAUAACAACCCAGAGGGGGAUGAUGAUAAGGUCUACCUGUUCUUCAGCGAGAACGCCAUGGAGUAUGACUUCUACAACAAGCUCACCGUGUCAAGAGUUGCUCGUGUCUGCAAGGGGGAUAUGGGUGGGCAGCGGACGCUCCAGAGGAAGUGGACGUCAUUCCUGAAGGCUCGCCUGGACUGCUCCCUGCCAGAGCCCAGCCUGCCAUAUAUUGUACAGGAUGUCUUCCUGCUCAAAAACGAUGACUGGCGCAAAAGUGUUUUCUAUGCAGUGUUCACUCCCCAGUCGAGCUCGUCCGACAUGUCUGCAGUGUGUGCGUACAGUGUGUCGGCCAUCGGAGACGUGUUUGAUAAGGGGAAGUUUAAGACGCCAGUGACUGUGGAGACUUCCCAUGUGAAGUGGGUCAUGUACAGUGGAGAGGUGCCCACCCCAAGACCUGGAGCUUGCAUUAACAACGCAGCACGGACCCUUGGGAUGGAGCGCUCCCUGGACCUGCCAGAUAAGACCCUGCAGUUCAUCAGGGACCGGCCCCUCAUGGACGAUGCCGUGCACCCGCUGACCGGCCGUCCGCUGCUGGUCAAAAGGGGAGACCUGUUCACACGCCUGGUGGUGGACAGCGUGCUAGCUCUGGAUGGGGAGACAUACGCAGUCAUGUUCAUCGGCACAGAGAACGGCUAUGUGCAGAAGGCAGUGAACUAUGCUGGCGAGAUGUUCAUCAUUGAAGAGAUACAACUGUACCAGACCCCAGAGGCUAUCAGGACCCUGCGUCUCUCCAGCACGGGUCAGCUGUAUGCAGGCUCUGAGUAUGGAGCUGUGCAGAUGCCUCUGAGUGAAUGUGGCCGUUAUGAGUCUUGUCUGGACUGUGUCUUAGCCAGAGACCCUUACUGUGGCUGGGACCUCUCCACUGGCCUCUGCUCUGCUGUGGCCAGCUCACCCUUUGCCUCAGUCCCCACGAACAUGAUUCAAAGUCUAAAAGAUGGUGACAUCUCACAAUGUCCGAAAUCAGAGACGAUGAAGCCAGAGAACUACACCUUAGUUCCUGGCAACAACAUCAAGCUGCCGUGUCAGCCUGACUCCAACCUGGCACAGGUACAGUGGCUCUUCUCAGGGCAACUGCUGCUGUCUGAUACCAAGUACUACAUCUACAAUGGGGGUAUCCUCAUUCUCAAUGCCUCUGCCGCCAACACCGGCCAGUACACCUGUGAGUCUGUUGAGCAGGUGAACAGCCGACCAUACACCAGGACUAUGGCAGUCUAUCAACUGUUGCCCCACACUAACCUAGAUGAGGAGAGUGAGACGAUGACAGAGUCCCCCCAUAGUCACAGUACCCCAUUACCAGAUCUCCUGAAGGUAACAGAGAAGCCAAAGGCUUUGGAUCCCCUUCCCCCCCCUGAGUCACAGUGUGAAGACGGCAGGGUGGUAGGCCUGCAGGUGGUGGUGGCGCUCCUCUCUCUGAUGCUGGUUGGUCUAGUAGCCUGGAGUCUGUAUAAAGGAUGCUUUAGAAGCAGAUUCUCAGAAAACUCAAGCGCUGGCCAGGUGAAAAGGCCGUCGGAUGACUACAUGCAAAUUCAAAACAAUAUAACUUCAGAGUUCAAGCUGCUGGGACCUACACCCAGUCUCAGUGCUAACAAGAAUCAAAAUGCUAUCAUAGCCUUCAAAGGGAAUGGGGAACACCACUUCUCUCCUGGAAGCAAUAUUUCCACUGUGGAUGGUUUGGGGUACAUUGAUGAUGAGUCAGAGAUCUGACCAUCAGUGUUCACCGCUCUCUCACCAGGCAGCUGAUUUAAGACACUAGCGCAAUGACAAGCUCUGUACACUGAACUUGUUUUGGAAUUGUCCUUAACAUUUUCCCACCACUACAUCUCCCUAGAUUGAAUUUAUUUUGUUUAGUCAUUGCAUAAGGCGAAUACAUUGUACAUCCCUUUGUUAAAUAUUAUUUUGUAUUGUCAUGUAUAUUGCAAAUAUUUAUUUAUAUUCAUGUAAUUACGUCAUAACCAGGAUGUGAUAUCUAAAGUAAAUAAGCCCAUAAUACUAAUGUGGUGUACAUAGUUAAGAUCUACAAAUAUUCUAAGCAUUUCAUUCUACGGACCAGUAAUGAUUACUCCAAACCUUUUUAAGUAGAUCAAAACAGCCAUGGACCAAAUACAAAUAAUUAAACACUCUCUUGACUUAGGUCUUGUUUAAAAUGUCUCUCAGAACCAACUGAAUUAUAGCAACAUGUUUUCUCUUCUUUUUCACCAGCAGCACUUUGUCAUUACACUGUGUUGCUUCACAUUUCAUGUAAAAUAAAUAAUUUAGAGAUCAA